CCUCUUGUCAUCCAGCCUGUGCGCCACAGAGGGACUAGCAGAUGGAUCAGACACGCAUACACGUAAAUGUCAAUUUAUUGAGGGCUCAUAAUUAUCAACCUGUUUUUUUUUUUUCAUCGUUGGCUUAAUCGAUGUAUCCAUUAUUGUGACAGGCGUAGCUGCACGGCUUCGGCGGUGGUCAAGGCAAAAACUCAAGUGUGGGAGGAGUUUGGCAAGGCCACGGAGCACGACUUUCGGGUUGGCCUCAAAGAGGUUCUGGCAAUCCGUCCGACACCUCAGAAAGGAGAAGCAGUGCCCGGCCCACAUUGUUUACAGUGGGGAUGGAGGCCUGCUGACCUCGAUUGAGGAUAUAGUUGGACGGUGGAAGGAAUACUUUGAGGCCCUUCUCAAUCCCACUGACAUACCUUCCAUUGAGGAAGCAGAGUCCAAGGAAAUGAACACGGACAGUUCCAUCACCGUGGCUGAGGUAUCUGGGGUAGUCAAAACACUCCCGAGUGGCAAAGCUCCGGGGGUGGACGGGUUUCGCCCUGAAUUCCUCAAGACUCUGGAUGUUGAGGGACUGUCUUGACUGAAACGUCUCUUCAACAUGGCAUGGAGGUCGGGAACAGUACCUCUGGAUUGGCAGACGGGCGGUGGUCCCCCUUUUCAAGAAUGGUAACGGGAGGGUGUGUUCCAACUAUAGGGGGAUCACACUCCUCAGCCUCCCAGGGAAAGUCUAUUCCAGGGUGUUGGAGAGAAGGGUACAACCUUUAGUCAGACCUCAGCCACAGGAUGUGCAAAUUGGUUUUCGUCCCUGUCACGGAACACUGGACCAGCUCUACACCCUUGCAAGGGUACUGGAUGGUGCUUGGGAGUUUGCUUAACCGGUCUACAUGUGCUUUGUGGACUUGGUAAAGGCAUACAACCGUGUCCCUCGCAGUGUCCUGUAGGGGGUGCUCCAGGAGUACGGGAUUGGUGGCGUGCUACUACAUGGUUAGCAUUGCCAGCAGUAAGUCCAGCCUGUUUCCUGUGAACGUUGGCCUUCAUAAUUUUCAUGGACAGAAUUUCUAGGUGCAGGCAAGGCGUCAAGGGAGUCCAGUUCGGGGGCCUUAGGAUCUCUGCUAUUUGAAGACGAUGUGGUCCUGGAGUAUGGGGUAUCCAACGGGUAUCCGCUCCCUGUAUAACCGGUGUCAAAGCUUGGUCUACAUUGCCGGCAAUAAGUCUGACUUGUUUCCACAGAGUGUUGGACUUCGCCAGGGCUGCCCUUUGUCACAGAUUUUGCUCAUUACUUUUAUGGACAGAAUUUCUAUGCACAGCCAGGGAGUUGAGGGGUUGCAGGAUUGGGUCUCUGCUUUUUGCGGCUGAUGUGGUCCUGCCUGCUUCAUUGGGCUGUGAUCUUCAGCUCUUGCUGGAUCGGUUUGCAGCCGAGUGUGAAGCGGCUGGGAUGAGAAUCAGCACCUCCAAGUCCGAGUCCACGGUUCUCGCCCAGAAAAGGGUGAAGUGCCAUUUCCGGGUCGAGGAUGAGAUCCCGCUCCAACUAGAGGAGUUUUACCUGGAGGUCUUGUUCACGAGUGAGGGAAGGAUGGAAUGCCAGCUCGCCAGGCAGAUUGGUGGGGCAUUUGGAGUGAUACAGACGGAGUGAAGAGGGUGCUGAGCCGGAAGGCAAAGCUUUCAAUUGUCAGAGUUGACUAGAAUUAGACAAUAGGAGUGCGGUAGAAUUAAACAAUAGAUGCACGGUUACUUGAAUUUUACACCGACAGGUUACCUGGUAACCUUAUUAGGCCUGCUACAGCGUGCACGCGUAGAAAGCACACACACACACCCUUGAUUGACACAAGCUGGAGCCAGUUAGAUGCAGACACUGAUCCACUCAGGAAAGAGUACCGCCCCUGCGUGGGCGGGACUCGAGAAUAGUGUGGUCGUUCACAUUACCAAAUGCGACUUGUAAAAGUGAAAGUAAAGCGCCCGUAAGUGACAUGCAUGCGCAAAAACACGACGUCACGUGCAUUUCCGUGUGUUUACCGAAGUAAAGAUUGCUGCCGUGUGUGCUCUCCUUAACGCAUUGGUGGCAAUUUCAAGGAUUUUGUCAAUAUUUUCUUAACCAAAUGAGUCCACGUAGGAGAUUAAGAAGAAAGAGGGCAAGAAUUCGCGAUGGCAGUUUGUGUAGAACUUGCUGCCAUGUCUGUUCCCAGGAGCGUGUGGGUGGCACGAGCCGCUUCCCAAACACUUUUUUGAAAUAAUUUUUUAAGAUGGUUCACUUUCAAUCUGCUUCUUCUUUUCUCAAUGUUUUCGGUGUGGAGUCUCCCUUUUUAUGUCUGGUGCGUGGUGGUCACAAUUGAGUUGUUUGUUGUUUUAGUUGCCUGCUUAAGGACAGGUUCUGAAGACAAAGCCUGAAUAGGAGAUGACUCACCAAUUACUUGCCACGCCCACGGCAUUCAGACAAACCCUUGCUUUGACGUCAUUUCAUUAAAUGGCUCUCAACGGGUUUGUCCUGGUCAUCACCGCCAGCGGAACCAUCUUCUACUCCUCCCACACCAUCCAGGACUACUUGGGCUUCCACCAGACGGACGUCAUGCACCAGAGUGUGUACGAGCUGGUCCACACAGAAGACCAGCAGGAGCUCCGAAGAAACUUGCACUGGGCGCUGAAUCCGCCUCCGGCGCCGUCAUCCGCCAUCAGCCAGGACUCACCCCAAGAGAUGGAGCCGGACAGCAGCUCGUCUUUGGUCACCUACAACCCCGAACAGCUUCCUCCAGAGAACUCAUCCUUCCUGGAGAGAAGCUUCGUGUGCCGCUUCCGCUGCCUCCUGGACAACUCCUCUGGCUUCCUGGCUCUGAACUUCCAAGGCAGGCUAAAGUUUCUACACGGACAGAACCAGCGUCAGGAAAACGGAGGAAAGGCACCGCCGCAGCUCGCCCUGUUUGCCAUUGCGACUCCUCUGCAGCCUCCAUCCAUUCUGGAGAUCAGGACCAAGAACAUGAUCUUCCGAACCAAGCACAAGUUGGACUUCACACCGUUGGCCUGUGAUGCAAAGGGCAAAAUCGUCCUGGGCUAUACAGAGGCUGAACUGCGGGUACGAGGAUCUGGAUACCAGUUCAUCCAUGCUGCAGAUAUGCUGUACUGUGCAGAGAAUCAUGUCAGAAUGAUGAAGACCGGAGAGAGUGGACUGACCGUCUUCAGGCUGCUCACCAAGGAGAACCGCUGGAAGUGGGUGCAGGCCAACGCUCGGCUGGUCUACAAAAACGGCAAACCAGACUACAUCAUCGCCACCCAGAGGCCCCUUUUGGAUGAAGAAGGAGGAGAACACUUGCGUAAACGCUCCAUGCAUUUACCUUUUACGUACGCUACAGGCGAGGCUUUGCUCUACCAGUCCAACCACCCCAUCGCGGGCUUCAGAGAUGGUGUUUCUGAGAAGAACGGUAGUAAGUCAAAGAAAAGCCGGACUGACAGGCUGCUGAGGGAUGGUCUGGAUCCAGGCUCGCUUCUUGGGGCCCUCAUGAGUCAGGAUGAGUCGGUGUACGUUUGCCAGGCUGCCCUGGAGCCCAAAAUGUCCUUUCAUAGCAGCUUCUUUGGAGACCAAAUGGGCUUCUCUGAUUCGAAACCCUCCAGCUUGCACAGAACCUGGGACACGCCUAGCAAUGGCGGUAUGGAUCAAAGUAUUACCGAACCAGGCACCAGCUUCGACCCGCUACUUGCUACCCUUGACUCCCUGUCCCUGGAAGGCCAAGGGGUUGUGGAUGCAGAGGAUGGUGGCUGUUCAAACGGGGAGUUGUUUGGAGCUCUGGAGGGACUGGGGUUGAGUGCUGAGGAUUUGGAGCUUCUCCUGUUGGACGAGCGGAUGAUCCGAGUUGAGAUGGACCCAGAGCGUGUGCCCACCUUGGACGACCUGCUAACAAAUGAUGAAAUUCUUUCAUACAUCUACGACUCAAUCGAAGGAAAGACUGAUUCUGCUGACCAAGGAGGACAGGUGCCUCCCUGCAGUCCCUCAGUGAGCGCCACAACGGUGUCAGUACCGGAAAGCACGCUCACCUCUGAAGCAAAUGUGAAAAUGCAGUUUCCUCACCACAAGACUUCUCCGCCGGGGAAGGCUCCCAUAGUCCAGUUGUCCCAACAGAUGCAAAAGCACCUCAGUGUGUGCCCGGGUAAAGCGGUCCACCACUGGGGCCAGCAGAGUGAGCAUUUGGCCAACACGAUAGUCAAUGGAGACCUGUUGGGGCAUGCCGAACCUGCCCCAAAUGGACAAUGGUCAGCCCAGGACAUUCUCUUGAAUGCAGGGAUAGAAAUGGAACAGAUGAAAUCACAACAGACAGUUUUCAAUGGCAAGACCUCGGAGCUGGACGGCGAGCUUCAUCAGCAGCAUCAAAGCUACCUUCAGCAGCAGCAGCCCCCCCUCACACAGAACCAGCUCUCGCUGCAGUGCCAUGCCAAACAGAAGGCAACCAACCUCAACGGACUGUGCAGCAUCUCCAGCACGGAGCAGUCGGCUGUAAAAUCUCAAUGGCAGGACUUUGGCUUUGGCGAGGAUCUGGGUUCCUGCCUCGACAACAGCCAAAAACCUCUUGCAGACACCUCGUUAGAUUCCUGCUUGGAUUAUGCCAUGCCUGAACUUGACAAUUCGGAUUACCCUAUUAACGGCGGCGGUUUGUUCGGGAGCGGCUCGCUUCAGCACAGGGCUGAGUCUGUGGUUUCGUCUUUCCAGGGGAUUACCCACAAACGGCAGCAGGAGCCCAUCUCGGUUCCUUUGGCUCAGGUCAUCUCCAGCCUGUCCCAGUGUCCACCCCCCAACGCCUCGCUGGAGCAAAUCCUGGCGGUGGGCAAACCCUGUCGGCAGUUGGACCAUUACGGCAUCGUGACCUCAGAUGUGCCUCACGAUGCCAAGAUGGAGAACGGCUGCAUCCUGACCACCACCUACCCGGCAGGGUGUGCUGUGCCCAAUGGGAAUGGGGCAGCGCCUCCUGCUGUCCAGAUGCCGUGCCCCGACACCCUGUCCGGCCUCCCAGACCCGCCCGCCACCGGCUUCUACCUCUGAGCAGCUGGCCCGAGCACAAACGGCCAGAGACACACAAUGAGCGGACCAGCCUUAUUACAUGCAGAUGAGACGACAAACACACGGAAUAACACUUUUUUUUUAUCUUUCUUUGGACAUUUUUCAGCGAGGAAGGUUGAAAGUCAUAUUAUCAUAAGAGUCCUUUGUUUACUUGUAAUGCAGUCAAGAUGCUCACUAUGUCAUAAAAGUACAUAAUAAGCCAGGAAAUGUUGGUGACAACAAAUUCAGGGUUUUCUUCCACAUAGUGAAGGAGUCGCAGAUGAACCAAUAGGGGGGCUUCAGCUAAGGGUGGUGGGGGUUUAUCUGCGCUUCAUGAAUGUACAGACACUCAAGCGGAAAAAAGGAAAUUUAGCACGAAGUAUAACUUACUUUAUCCGUAACGUCCGUCAAAUAUUCCCACCGGCCACUCCAUUAGGUACACCUGCACAGGCCAACAAUUCCAUCCAGUACAAAAAAAUGUGCCUUUAUACUUCUAAUAAUGCUCACUUUUGAUGUUUGUGCUUGUGUUCGUGCUUUGCAGUGGUGUACACUUGCUGUGCGUCACACCGGCAGCUGUUGCUAAUAUUUUGGCCCUCAGUCAUGGCCAGUGUUGGGCAAAUGACGUUAAAGAAGGUAUGGUCGCUAGUAACACUUGGCUCUGGUCCAUCAUGUACAUCUCACGCGUAUGCUCUUGCCUGUUACAUCAAUGACAUUGAAGUAGUACGUGUACAUCUAUCGCCACACACGGCUUUGGACUGUACCUUAUGUGCCGUUCGUGAACGAGUCUAGUUCUUUGAGCAGCUCUUUUAAGCGACCAGUGAGAACCGAUUCCCAGUUGCGGUUGCCGUUGCAGUUGGCUGGGUCUUGUAUCUCAUGUAACUGCAUGGGAAUGUGUUCUCAUCGCUCACUUAUAAGAGCUGUUCAAAAGACUCAACUCGUCAGUGCAUAGUAACGCACCACAGCUCAUUGUCUGUAACGAUAACGCCGAUGUGACAUUUGAAACAAUAAUUCAUCAGACAGUAAUGCUGUUGUUAGUAUUUUUUAGUAUUGUCACGGCUGACAUAAGGGGGAGAAAAAAGAUGACUUGAUAAAAAGGGAUUCUAAAGAAGAAAGUUCUUGAUUUUGUCACAUGCACACAGUAGCAGUGACUGGGAUGCAGGAAGCAGGAUUUGAACUGAGAAUCUUCCGGUUACUGGACCACCUGCUCUACCCUCCUGAGUCAGGCCUCCAUUUUUAAUUUUUAGUUUUUUCCUAUAGUCAUUGUUUAUGAAGCCUUAAGCCCCAAACCCCUGGUGGCACACUGCCCUUAGUUUACAACAUGAGUGGUUGAAAAUAUGAUAACUACAAAAGCACCCUGAGAGCGCAGACCUGCGCCAAGCGCCGUAGUUCCCCCAUAUUGUGAUGUACACCAUAAAUAUUUGUCCUGCAUUUAUUUUAUGUACAUAUUUAGAUUUCUUGACCAUGAAAACAGCAUUAGCAAUUGGAUUCAUAAUGAUUUCGAUAUUAGUUCAGUAGUUAUUCACAAAAAUGUCAUUUUCCGUAAUGGCGGUUUGCUUCUGGAUCUCGCACUAUGGCUUUUGAAGAAACAAAUCCGUUGGCACACCCCAGAUUCUACAGUGGCUUAGCUAUAUAUAAUGGCGCUAGUUGCAUGUUUAUAGCUUCAUUUGUUGUCUUCCUACUAUUACAAUUCCAAAGAUCUCUUUAUUUUUGCAUAUUUUGGAUCAUGGUAUCGGAGUUAUUCCUUUAUCUGGAUCAGUCUUUGAUAUUUUGGAGUUGGAAACUUGCCCUGUAUUUUUUUUCCCAACUGCUCUGACCAUAUUUUUUCUUUUUUGUGGAGUUAUAUGCACAAAUGCUGAAAAUGGUCCUAUCUCGCAAUGUUAAAGAGUACUUUUUAAAAAUUCCUGGCUCACCCCCAAAAUUUCACCAGUUCUUCCAUAUCCCAUUUCCCACAAUUCCUGAAAAUGUCAUCCAAAUCCAUUCAGAACUUUUAAGUUAUUUUGAACACAACCAAACAAGCAGAUAAACGCCGGCAAAAACAUAACCUCCUUGGCGGAGGUAAUAAAUAUGAAAUAAAUAUUAGUAGAAUGCUCUGCACAUUCCAAGCACAAUAAUAUAAAUGUUCAAUGUUAAAUUGUGCACGAUUCGCUGAGGAAUGACAUAAAAAUAUGUCCAAACUCUGCAUCCAGCCUUGGAUCAUGUAUCCGGAUUUGCACCAAUGUGUAACAGUCGAAACGUCCCUCCCUGCAACAACGUUUGCUGUAAUCCUGUGUGCCAACAAACGGACACAAUUACAUAAUCUUCUUAGCAGAGGUACAGUCACGUCAGUCAUCGAAAGUGAGCAUUAUUGUGGUAAAGACACACUUUUUGGCUUCUUUGCUCUGUCACGCAACAAGAAUGUAGCGCUUCACGCCGUUUCCUUGUUGAACGCUGGUCAACAUUGAGAUUCUAUGAAAGAAAAACGAGGCUUUGGACAAAAUCCUGCACUUUAUUCCAAGCAGCUCUGCAGUCGGGGACACAGAGGCGGAGGUGCAAACAAACCCUGAUUGUUUUGUUUUGUGUUGAUUUCUGAAGUGAUCGAUGCUCAGUCCACUUUCGAUUCUUCGUUUUCCGAUGACGCACUUCCGUACAAUCGUUGCGUGUCUCUCUUGAUCUUCCUCCAGUUGAACUAUCAACUAUAUACAUGUAUAGAUUUUUGUUUUUGACAAAGUGGAUCAGCGUUAACUGAUUUCAGGCACCAUUUUGGGGGGCUGGGGAGCCGGCGUUUAAAAGCAUUUACUGUAAAACGACUGACUUGAUGAGAGGUUUCACUUAGGACAGGGGUGCCCAAACGAGGGUCGCAAAGGGGUCUUUAGAGACAUGACACACAGACUUUCAGGCACCAAUGUGGUCACCACCUACAGUACGUAUCCCUUAUGGCUGUGCGUACCCUCGCAGUAAAAAUCAAUGGGCCUUGGGCCACACCUUAGCCACCUUUGGUUUAAAGUUUCUGUCCUGCGGUGACGAUGCAUUGUUGAAGUCUCAUACACAAAAAUAUAAAAAGUCAAAGAAGAAACUUGGUCAUGCAGUAGGUUUUCACCCUUUAUGGCCACCGUAUUUCUCGCUCAUUUAUGGGACUUAAUGGACUGCUUCUGAAUAUUCCCAUCCUUCCAGGUCAUUGCAUUUUCAGGGCAUUAGAUGGAUCGCAACUGGACUGUUUAGGUUGUCUUAAAAGAUGUUUGGCCUCUCAUCCCAGCAGGCUUCAUCAGUUCAUGCUCAAUGACUAGGUAGGACAGCUCCAGCUGCCUGAGCUAGUCUAGAAGUGAUAGCAUCCGGGCUGUUCAGGUUGUCUUAGACAUUUGGCCUCUCAUCUGAGCAGGUUUCAUCAGUUCAUGCUCAGCUACUAGGUAGGACAGCGCAAUUUGUCCUAUCUAGUCUAGAAUAGAUCGCAACCAGGCUGUUCAGGUUGUCUUAGAUAUUUGGCUUCUCAUCCAAGCAUCACUUCAUGCUCAAUGACAAGGUAGGACAGCUCCAGUUGUCCUACCCGGUCUAGAAUCAAUUACAACUGGGCUGUUCAGGGUGUCUUAGAAGACGUUUGACUUCUCAUUCGAGCAGGCUUCAUCCAUUCAUGCUCAAUGACUAGGAAGGACAGCUACUGUUGUCCUAUCUCUUCUAGAAGUGAUUACAACACGGCUGUUCAGGGUGUCUUAGAAGACAUUUGACUUCUCAUCCGAGCAGUCUUUAUCAGUUCAUGCUCAAAAACUACACAGGACAAACACAGCUGUCCUAUCUAGUCUAGAUUUAAUCUCAACUGGACUGUUCAAGUUGUCUCAUCCGAGCAGGCUCCAUUAGUUCAUUCUCAAGACUUGAUCAGACACCUGGAGCUUUCCUAUAUAGUCAAGAAUCGAUCACAACCAGACUGUUUAGGUCAUAUGUGUCAAACUCGUGCCCUGGAGGGCUGAGACGCUGCAGGUUUUCUCUCCAACCAGUUUCUUCAGAAGGUGAUUUAAUUGAUGAGCUCCUUCCCUCAAACUGAAGGUGUUGAUCAUUAAAAUCACCUGCUUUAGUGACUGGCUGGAAAGAAAACCUGCAGUGUCUCGGCCCUCCAUGGCACGAGUUUGACACCCCUGGUUUAGGUGGUCUUAGAAGAUGUUUGGCUUCUCAUUCGAGCAGGUGUCAUCAGUUCACGCUGAAAGACUUGAUCGGCCAAUUGGAGCUGUCCUAUCCAGUCAACAAUCAAUCACAACCGAACUGUUUAGGUUGUCUUGGAAAAUGUUUGGCUUCUUAUUUGAGCAGGCUUCAUCAGUUCAUGCUCAAAGACAGGAUAGGACAACUGGAGCGGUCCCAUCUAGUCUAGAGGCAAUGGCAACCGGGUUAUGCUCAGGUUGUCUUAGAAGAUGUUUGGCUUCUCAUCCGAGCAGGCUUCAUUGGUUCAUGCUCAGUGACUAGAUAGGACAGCUCUAGCUGUCCUAUCUAGUCUAGAAUUGAUCACAACCGGGCUGAUCACGUUGUCUUAUAAGAUGCUUGGCUUCCCAUCCGAGCAGGCUGCUCAAAGAAAUAUAGCUGUCCUAUCUAGUCUAGAAUGAAUCACAACCAGAUUGUUCAAGUUGUUUGACAAAACGUUUGGCCUCUCAACUGAGCAGGCUUCAUCAGCUCAUGCUCAGAGACUUAAUAGGACAACUGGAGCUUUCCUAUGGAAUCUAGAAUCCAUUGUCAUCAGACUCAUCAGGUUGCGUAAGAAGAUGUUUUGGGUCUCGUCUGAGCAGGCUUAAUCAGUUCAUGUUGAAAGACCAGAUAGGAGAGCCCUAGAGGCCUCAGUCCAUUUUAUCUUAACGACUCGUUUACCACCACUCUGAAGACAACGUGAACGGUCCAGUUGUCAUCCAUUCAACGCCCUGAGGAGUUUAUGGAGCGGUCUGUUUGCAGUGUCAUGUGACUCGAGCCUUCAAAGCCGGUGACCGCCUCGGCGAGCAGGGCUUAUUAUCAGGUAGUGGAGGGGGUGUGAGGAGUGAAGUGGGUCGUCUGACAUUACGAUGCAUUUUCUUGAACGAUCAUGACCGCGACGGAGGUCGAACACAAUCUGUGAGCUGAUUGUUCCGAUUGCACUGGCAUUUGUCCCACAAGAAAUGACUGAAAUAAUCUGCUCCGGAGUAAAACUGUGGCCGUCAUAAGAGCUUGAAUAACUACAGGCAAUGUUUUUUUAGGCCCAUUUAAAGCAGCGAUAAACGACACAAGUGAAAGAGUUAAGGUUUGCCUCUUUAAAAUGAAACAAACACUUAAACACGCUACCUUUCAUAACUCGCCAGCGGGCAGCGUGAUGAUAGGUUCAUCAUUUCAGGUUUUUGUACGACUUUUCUUAAGCAUUUUUUAUGUGCUCCCCAGGCGACUGCCCCCUCUUGACGCUACGCCACUGUUGUGUCAUGCUUUUCGCUGCCAUCGCAGUGACGUCCAGGGAUGGGAAUAAUGAUUGAUUGGUGGAUUAUUGUUAAGAUUAUUGAUACAACUGUGUGGAAUUCGUACAGGCAAAAUGGGAUGCAGUACUUGGAUGCAACUGGCAGGGGCGCUGUUGAUCCGGUCUCAGCUAGUUUCCCGUCUCAAAAAGGACCCCAGCUAUGCUAUAAAACAAUGCCUGUACAAUUUUUGCAAUAUUUGCCAUGGAAAAUGAAUAUGAAAAUGAUAUUUCACAAUGAAUCCAUGAAUGAUGUUUAAUUUUCCACGUACAGUAAUCCCUCGCCACUGUGUGCUUCAAAAUUUGCGGCUUCUCUCAAUCAGGCUUUUUCCAAAAUGUUUAAGUUAAUAAAUCAUCACUGUUUGGUGGUUGACUGCAGCCUGUUAUUAGUCAAAAAUGUGCAUGUUUAAUCAUAAAAAUGGCGAAAUGAACCGAAAUAGAAACGUAAGGCAGUCAGAAGAGGCUUUCAAAGAAAUUAUGAUGAUAUGUAGUAUUCUACACUGAUCACCAGGUUACAGUAAUGUUACACUAAAGAGGAUAGCCACUGCAGGAAGUAUGCGGUGAUAAUGUGACUCUCCCAACACUAACAUGUGUGAGUUAUGUCUUAUUUUGUCUUAUUAUGUCUAGUGUAUUGGGUAAUAUGAGUGUAAAGGUGACUAUGGGGAGUUAUUUCAUGUCUAGAGGGCUCUAGUAAUGUUAAAAAGCAUAUUUAGAAGGUUGUCAACAGGUUUUAUAUGCUCUAACUAUUAGGGAUGUCCGACAUUGGCUUUUUGCUAAGAACCGAUAUGCCGAUAUUGUCCAACUCUCAAUUUCCGAUACCGAUACCGGAUAUCUAUAUAUCCUGUCGUGAAAUUAACACAUAUCUGUUGUGAAGUUAAUGGAUACAGUAUCAGCUAUUAGCUUCUCAACCUGGCUGUAAACAACACUGUAAAACAUCUGAGGAAGACUUGGGCUGUGACAUUUGUUUUAAAGUCAACAGAGUAGCCAUCUACAUUUUUUUGAUCAUCAAAAAGUCCAGGGAAGAAAAUCAAGUGUCAUUAUUUUCAUGUAGGCAUGUCUGGGGCGUCCCGUCUAGUCUAGAAUCGAUUGCGACCGGGUUGUUCAGGUUGUCUUAAAAGAUGUUUGGCUUCUCAUCCGAGCAGGCGUCAUCAGCCAAUGCCACGGCCACCCCACUGGCCACCACAUAGCUCCGCCACUGACAUUACAUUUUUAUGCCCAUAUCGGGCCGAUAAUAUGGGUGGGCCGAUAUUAUCGGACAUCACUACUAACUACAAAAAUAUUCCAUUUAGAAAUAAGGAAUCCUACUUUGCAGAAAUUCUCUCAUCAGAGUCGGGUCAGGAACCUGUUAACCGCCAUAAACGAGGGAUUACUGUAGUUGAUCAAGGGCACCAAAUGAGCACAAGAGAAGAUGGAUAUAUGCAAGGCGUCUACUAAAAAGAUUGUAUCAAUCUUGGCGUUUGCAAAGUUGCAAACCGGCCUGCGCACUCUUCUCCUUUCCCCCCCCCAAAUACGCUCACCCGCCAUGUGACUUGUUGGAGUCGUUUAAGAGAGGAAAAGAAAAACCAAAUGUGAGGAUUCAGUGGAGAUCCCUGCAAGGAUGGACACAGUUGUGAAUGUUUCUUAUUCCUAUUUUGUUUUUGUCGUUGUUUUGAAAGAAAACGACCAUAAAGCGACAUGAUGAGAGGAGUAGGAGGAGGAGGAGAUGCUGAAAAGAGAUUUCCAUUUGAAUUGUUGCGAUAAUGUCAUUACUAGUGGUAUGAAUACUGUUCUUGUUGUCUAUGUUUUAUGUGAUACACACGUGGUUACAUACUGUAUGUCAUUCAGAUUGACUUCCCUCGCUCUCUUCUUUUUUUUUCUACAGCAGAAGUGUUUGCUCUAUUUAAUGUGACUUCUUGAAGAUGUGAAGACGUGUUGUGUACAUACAUCCAAAAUGCAGCUUUGACAAUGACAGGCGUGUACAUACCGUAGUUUUGCCGUCACUACUGUAGCUCCAUGCACUGUUUUCGCAAACAACACUUUGUCCCUUUUUUCUUUCUCUCUUUCUUUGCUGUUCUUUUGUUUUGGGAAAAGACGUGUAAAUAGUGCUGAUCACGAGACCAACACACUGGACACGACGACAGCCUGGAAAAGGUGCCAUACUGCUGAGUCUUCUACCGUAUAGGCGAUAAUAACACGCGGGAAGGGAAAGUGAAACACGCUAAGGACAGGACCAGGAUUGUUUGGUGGGCAGGUUUGUCCUUUUAAAACGUGCGUCCUUCCUUCUUGCGAAUAAAUAAAAAAAGAUCUCAGUGAUCACGUUGGGGGGGACGGAGAAACACACCAACAUGUCACGGGGUGCCCCGCAACCUUUUGUCAGUGACGACUUACCUGUGGAGCCCCAACAUGUGACGGUGCUUUGUGUAGCAUUUUAACAUCAAUAAAUCAUUGCCACACUACCUUUACGGACUUUGAUUUACUGUGUCACGUACACCGUUAGAUGGAAAUAGAUUAUGGGUGAUUUUUUUCUCAAGAUUUCUUGUUCAGAACAAAAAUGCCUCGUGGGCACGAUAAUAAAUGAAUUCACUGAUCGCACAAUAAAUGAAUAAUUUUGCCACCCGCCGUCGGCCACCGGUCGAAAUCGGCCGUUUUCCGUGAAAAGGCAUGUGAUUCCCAUAAACGCCUUUCAAUGCCGGUCACAAACGCCGAUAACCUGUGGCUCGUACUAUUGCAGCAUGCAGCCUGCAGCGAGCGUGUCCCGCCCUCUUUCCUUCACACUGCGCAGGUGUGCCAAACCCAAGACAAACAUGUCUGCUGUGUGGAACUUACCUGCUGUUGGUGAGACUGUUAUAAAUGUUGCACCCUGCAAAACAUGCCACGAAAAAUAUCUCGCCGGGUUAAAAAGCUUGAAUUUAAUUUUUUUAUUUAACUUUUGUCAGUCAGUCUGAUAGCCUCUUUGUCUGGAUGGGUGGAGGCGGAGCUGCUGCAUACACACAGAGUGCAGAAGAGUGUAAUCUAGUAGAAAUUAUAUGAAUAGAUUGCAAUAUAUUGUCAUACAGUCUUUUUUAGAUUUUUCAUUGCACUUUUCUUAACAGUAAUGUUAAAGUCUCGCGUCUCGCGUAUCGUCUUGUGUCUCAUGACACCCCUAAAAUAGAUGGAUCGAAAA